AUACGUCUAUAGAUCUAGGUCUAAUUGACAUUUAUAACUAGACUUUGUACAUUAACGAUAGGACUUAGUUUAUACAUGUACCAGCAAUAUUAACAGCACUAGAUCUAGCCGGAGCCAGUAGUUGUCGGCGUUGAUCUCCGAAUUACUUUUUAGCUUAAAGAUAAAUUGAAGAACUGGAGUUUAUCUUUAAGGAAAGGAUGAAGACAUGGCACAAGAAGAGGAAACUAGAGACCUCGACCUUCCGGUAGAAAAGUUAGAUAGGGAGGAUGGUGAGGGUGAGGAGGAUGCAUCUGAUGAGAGCUAUAGCGACUCCGAGGCCGCGUAUGACUCUGAUGGUCAAGACAUCGGAGAUGGAUUACUAAUCUAUGAUUGCCCACCUUCCCAAGACACAGAACAUAUGUGGCAGUGGCAUUUUCCACAAGAGUUCAUACCAGAUGGUUGUGUUGAUUAUGAUGAUCAUUACUCCGGGAGCGGAAAGUGGAUGUUGUUCUACCCAGUGUCUGAGAUCGAUGAAAAAUGGGAGAUGGCAAAUGAUUUGUUUGAUACCGGUGAGCUGAGGGGUGUGGAGGGAAUGAAAGUCUCAACCGCUAAGGUCAAUCCAAAAAGUUCUGAUAAUGCCACGGCAGUGCUUAUCAUGUAUUGUGGACCGUGGACUGAUGAACUGCUCAUGAGAAAAAUUGGGAGAAAUCUGGCUCUAAAAACAAAAUAUGAGAGUAAGACUGGUUGUAUGAUGUACAAAACAGACGACCAAACCAGAGGGGGGACAAGGGCAACAGGUCAAGCUGUAAACCAUGUUUACCAGAUGCAGGUGCCGAGGCCUGUCGAAGGAACUGCUAGCUCAGCAAUGCCGGAACUUCUUCCGUCCAAAGACACAAGAGACUUUUGGCAGUGGCACUUUCCCGCGUGUUCACCGUCUGGUUGCGCUGAGGAAUAUGACUUCUCAAAGAGUGGGCGAUGGAUGAUGUUCUAUUCAUUGGCAGAGAUCGACGAGAAAUGGCAGGUUAUGAAAGGCUUGUUGGAUUCCAAUGAACUGGAUGGAGUUCGAGGAUUAAAAGUCUCUACAGCCUCCUCCCUACCAGUUAACCGAAGGGGAAACAGGUCUGCAGUUAUUAUGGUCUACUGUGGGCCAUGGGAUGACGAGGAUCUUGUGUUGAGAGUAGGAACGAAUCUAGUCCAGAAGACCUCGUAUACAAACGAAUCUGGCACUCUUCGCUACAAGACAGAUAUAGUUGGAAAUGGAAGGACAAGUUCGGGACAGUUUAUUCCUAGAUACAAACAGGUGUUACCGGUUUCCAGGCCAAGUAUGGGGGCCAACUAUAGCCAAUCAGUAGUGGCAGAACUCCCACCAUCUAAAGACAUGAGAAGCUAUUGGCAGUGGCAUCCCAAGUACCAAGAUCGCAGGUUUACAAACUAUGACUCAUCUUUGAAGGGAAAAUGGAUGCUGUUUUAUCCUUCGUCAGAUAUCGAUGGCAUGUGGCAGCUGAUUAAGGAUCUGUUCGACGCUGGGGAACUGCACGGAGUCAGUGGUGCAAAGGUCUCUACAGCAAAGAGCUGUGGUGGACAUCCUGGAAAAAACAGCGGAGUUAUUAUGGUGUAUUGUGGACCGUGUGAUGACGCAGAGCUCAUGUUGAAAAUCGGGGAAAACAUUGCGUUGAAAACAACAUAUGAAGACAGAUCUGGUAUCAUGCGUUACAAGGUAGAUACUCCAAGAGAUGGGAGAAGAUUAACAGACCAUAGUAGCCCUAGCUACUGGGUACAAGUACCAAAGCCUCAGGCGAUGUGGACAAGCACCUGGGACACAGCAGAACACCCGCCUUCCAGAGACACAGCAGAACACCCGCCUUCCAGAAACAUGGCAGAACACCUGCCUUCGAGAGACACAGCAGAAUGCCGGCCUUCCAGAAACACAUUGGAAUGCCCGCCUUCAAAAGACAAGAUUAACUACUGGCAGUGGCAUCGUAAACCUGUCGAUGGUAUUGAAUAUGAUCCCUCAACGAGCGGGAAAUGGAUGCUCUUCUAUCCAACCUCAGAAAUUGAUGAUCGGUGGCAUCUUGUGAAGAGUCUGUUCGACGCUGGAGAACUGCACGGAAUUGGAGAAUUAAAUGUUUCUACAGCAAAGGGCAAUGCUGGACAUCGUGACAGCGGGGUCAUCAACGUGUAUUGUGGACCGUAUGACGACGGAGAGCUUAUGAUGAGAAUAGGAAAAAAUCUUGCAAGGAAGAUGCAGUACAAAAACAGGAAAGGAGUCAUGUUGUACAAGACAGAGGGACAACAGAUGAAGCAGGGUAGAGCGAUGGGACAGGAAUGGGACCAUCUUUACGAAAUAAGUUUGCCAUGGAGGUACUAAUGACAUGGAAGCUACAUGUAGUUCACAUACCGAUUAAAAUUAUGUUCAUACUCUACGAAGGGCCUCUUCAGCUUUUGUGCUGUUCUUCAAAAUUAUAAUCAUUAGUGCCAGUAGCGAACAUUGGCGAGAUUUAAAGACAAAGUGUGAUUAAAUGUUGAUACCUAAAAGAAAUCCACCAAAUUUUCACCACGCUGCCUUCCUUUUACAUCAAUCUGGAUAUUAACACAAUUGGUCUUGACUUCGUACUUGGUAUUGCUUUCAUUCCGAUAAUUCAUCUACGUUUCAUGAUUGAAAUUUAAAACUUACUGGUUUAUAUCAGGUGUAGAGCCCAUAUUAGGUUACAAUGCUAUACACUUGAGCCCAUCUUAUAAUAAUAAUAAUAAUAAUACAUAAGAUUUGUAUGGCGCCAAAUCCACUUGACAAUCAACUGCUCAAGGCGCAGCUUUAAUAAAUAUAUACAAAAGUGCAAUAGGGAAUGUACAGAUAUGAAAGGUAUUGGUACUCAAUAAGAAGUUAAAUUAAACAUAUGCUUGAGCAAAGUUAGCCUACUGAGCCGCAAAAUGCUGCAGGAAUAUUUAACAAAAUGUAA